AGCGCCUCUUAAAUUAGGAAUAGCAAUAAGACAUAGUUUGUAAGAUUUAAUUAUAACAUUUGUAACAGGCGCUUAAAGUCCCUGACCUUUGUUAAUUUAAAUGUCAUGUCAUUCUCUUUUUUUAUUAAACUGCACACUGCAAGCUACGUUCCUGAUUGUUUUAUUCCCGAAAUAUUCUACUGAGCUAUCAUCAUUUUCUACAUGGUCCGUACGAGCCGGAUAAUCCAUCAUCUACAACCAGCAAAGUGGAAUAAUCUAAAUAUUGGAUAUUUUGGAAAUUGGAGUUAAUAAGUACCAGAGUGAAGAGGUGACGAACACGUUUUGGAAAAAGUGGAUUGAACAACGAGUGAAAUCAAACAAGAAGUGUUAAAGCCAAAGCAUUAUAAUAUUAAUUAAAUUCACCCAACACUCAUAAUAAUAAAUCAGGUAAUAUAGGUAAUAUAAUUAACAUAGGAAUUAAGUAGCGAUUAUAAGAACAAAGAAAAGGUUAGUAACAUAUUUAUACAUAGUUAUUUACAAAUUAUUUACAACUUUAUACAAUUUAUUUACAAGGAAUUAUGUACAGAGCAUUAGAUUAAAAUAUAUUUUGUAAAAUAAAGUUAAUAUGUGCUUAAAAAUACAGUACAGUAGUGUUAAUGUUAACCUACAUUAGUUAACUUUUUAUUGUUGAUUUACAAAACAUUAUUUAUUCAAAUUAAUCUUUACAAUUACAUAAUUGUUGCUUUGUAUAUCCUUUAAAACGUAGAUAAAGUAAUUAAUUUGUUUGUUACAUUAUUCAUCAAAAUAGUUAACCUUACCUACCUACUUAACUACGGUAGUUCAUUAUAAUUUGCAGUGAAUGUUUUGUUAAUAAUUCAUCAUCAUUGUUGCUUAGUUUCAUUAUUCAUAAAAUUAGGUAUUUUGUGACAUAUAGUUUCGUAAUUUAAUAUUAUUACUGUACAAUUUCAGGUCUACGACACCCUCCUUUCAAAAUGACUGACGUUAAAGAACUUAGAAAAAAGCGAAGCAGCUAUAAAGGAAGAUUAACUGUAUUUUCAACGUUUUUAAACAAAAUACAAGAUUCCACAGUAAGUCCGUCUCAGGUAAUGGAGUUGCAAUUGCGUGUCAAUAAAUUAGAAGAUUUAUACAACGAAUUUAACGAAAUUCAAUUACAGCUAGAAUGUAUGUGUGACAUUGACGCGGAGGCACUUGAACGAACCUCAAUCGAAUCUCAAUAUUAUGAGUUAGUGGCUCAAGCUAAAGUCAUGUUAAAUAAAUAUUCAAAAUCUGAACAAGAGGAAAUAAAAUCAACCACUAGUAGUAAGCGUCAAUUCAUCAAGUUGCCCACCAUACAAUUACCGAAAUUUUCAGGUUCCUAUAACAGUUGGCUUGAAUUUCGCGAUACCUUCACUAGUCUCAUUCACGGCAGUGACGACAUAGACGAGAUAAAUAAAUUCCAUUAUUUGAGAUCAUCGCUGACAGAAUCUGCUGCUAUCGUCAUACAAUCAAUCGAGUUUUCUGCUCAAAACUACAACAUGGCAUGGGAACUUCUUUGUGAGCGAUUCGAUAAUGAAAGAUUAUUGAUUGAGAAUCACGUUACCGCGUUAUUUAAUGUCGAAUCAAUCACUAAGGAGUCCUCAACUGCAUUAAAGAGCAUCGUAGACAAUGUCAACAAAAAUAUCAGAGCGUUAAAAACAUUGGGUGAACCUGUUGAUAGUUGGGACACAUUACUUAUUUACAUAAUCAGACAAAAACUAGACACUAAAACAUUCCGAGAGUGGGAGGAAUAUAAAGGGCGUAUUGAUAAAUCGAAACGAAUCACUUUUGAUCAGUUCAUUGAGUUUAUGCGUAAUCGCGCUGAGUUAAUAGAAACACUGGAAAAAUCACGUCACUCCACAAAUACACACACAAACACAAAACAAAACACUAAAAUUAAAUCCUUUGUAACGACAGAAAACAUUAGUAGUUCAUUGUCACGUAGUUGUCCAAAAUGUAAAAGCGAUCACAAUCUCAAUUCAUGCCCACAGUUUUUAUCACUAAGUGUCAACGAUAGAAUGUCCUUACUGCCUGGCUAUAAGCUAUGCUAUAAUUGUUUGCGUCACGGUCAUUAUCCCAGCAAUUGCAAGAAAUCAGGGUGCAAAAUAUGUAAACGCAAGCACCACACGCUUAUUCAUAACUCAGAUUAUAAACCUGCUUCAAGUAAAUCACCUGGGACUACUGAUAAGGCUAGCGCUGAGUCAUCCUCCAGUGCUGACACAAACAAUAAUAAUCACGUUGCGCUCUCAGCUAAUAUCUCCGCACAAUCGCAUACGAGCAGCACAGGUAACAUUUUAUUGUCAACUGCAUUAAUUAGGUGCUACGAUGUUAAUAAUGAGGAAGACAUCGCUCGAGCGCUCCUUGAUUCUGGUAGUUCGGCUUGUUUAAUGACGGAGAAUUUAUUUAAUAAGUUACAGCUGCCUUACUUGAAUACAAACAAAUCUAUACAAGGUAUUAACAAUUCUCUGUCGCAUAUUAAAAAAAUGUGUCGAGUACACAUUAAAUCGUUGCACGAAUCAUACUCAAACGACUUAACUUGUUUUGUCUUACCCACAAUUACAGAUAACGUUCCCGCUCGACAGGUACACGUAAACAUACCCUCAAAUAUUCAUUUAGCUGAUCCGUAUUUCCACACACCGGCUUCUAUUGAUAUUAUUAUAGGAGCUGACGUAUUCUGGAGUUUAUUAGGAUCAGAUAAAGUUUUAUUAGGUGAUGGGAAACCAACACUUUAUCAAACUAGACUAGGUUGGCUAGUUUGUGGCCCAAUUAACGGCGGCUAUGAUAAUAAUUCAAUUAACUGUAAUUAUGUUAAUGAUUGUUGCGAAAGUUCUUCGUCUUCCAGUUCGAAUGAGUUAACUGACAUCCGAAACCAAUUGACGCGUUUCUGGCAGCUUGAGGAAGUUGGCCGUGAUGCAUCAACUUAUUCAGCUGAGGAGCAAAUGUGUGAAGAACACUUUAUAAAAAACACGACGCGCCUGUCAGAUGGCCGUUUUUGCGUUAAAAUACCGCUGAAGGCAUCUACGGAUAGUUUAGGCGACUCAUAUCAUCGUGCAAAACGAUGUUUUCUGUCAUUAGAGCGCAGAAAUCUCAAACAACCUUCACUCGAUAAAAUGUACAAAGACUUCAUGACUGAGUAUAUUCAUUUAGGUCAUAUGUCAGAGUGUCACAUUAAUGAAAAUUUACAGUCAUAUUUCAUUCCUCAUCACGGAAUCCUGCGCGAAAGUAGUAUCACAACCAAAUUACGCGUUGUAUUUAAUGCUAGUGCACCCACUACCUCUGGAAUCUCUUUAAAUGCAAUCCAAAUGGUGGGACCCACCGUUCAGGACGAUUUGACUGCAAUCCUUCUUAGAUUUCGAAUGCAUAAGUACGUCCUUUCUGCUGAUGUUGAGAAAAUGUACAGGCAGGUGUCUGUACAUCCUUCAGAUAGGCACCUGCAGCAAAUCAUUUGGCGUGAUAAUUUUGAUAACACUUUUGAAACGUACCAAUUAAAUACGGUGACGUACGGCACAGCUAGUGCACCGUUUCUCGCAACUAGGUGUAUCAAACAAAUCGGUCUUGAAUGCCAGGAUAAAAAAGCCGCGGAAGCCAUUCUUCAUGAUUUUUAUGUAGAUGAUCUUCUGACAGGUACUGACGUGUUUGAGGAAGCUCAAAUGUUGCGACAUAAGGUGACCGAUGCUCUUGCGUCUGCUUGCAUGCCAUUACGGAAGUGGAAAUCGAACGAGCCCUCUUUAAUCUCAGAAUCAACUGACGAGUCUUAUUUCGAGUUCCACCAGCCGGGCGACACCUGCAGUAAAACACUAGGACUUAGUUGGCGAACUGACACAGAUGAUCUCCUUUUUCCUAUAAAGGUUCCUGACUGCACGGUAAAUACUAAGCGUGGCAUGUUGGCAGUAAUAGCACAAAUUUAUGAUCCUUUAGGGUUGUUAGCACCGUGUGUCGUGAGCAUGAAGAUGUUGCUUCAAAAAUUAUGGCUAGACAAAUUAGAAUGGGACGAUCACUUAUCACCUGACAUUGCAGCAAUAUGGGCAAACACAAUUAAAAACUUACCGUGUAUUCACAAUUUGCGGGUAGCACGUCGGGUGGUCUGUGACGCAUACAGACAAUUUGACUUUCACAUUUUUACCGACGCUUCGGAGCAAGCAUACGGAGCUUGUUUGUAUGUUCGCAGUAUUAAUGAGCAGGGUGAUGUCGAUGUGCGAUUAUUUACAGCCAAAAGUCGCAUCGCUCCUAUUAAACCGUUGACUAUACCGCGAUUGGAGCUCUGUGCUGCUGUGCUUGGUGUACGUUUAUACCAAAAGGUUGUUAGUCACCUUCACAUUCAACCGUCUAGUGUUGUGUUUUGGACUGACUCCAUGAUAGUGUUGGGUUGGCUUAAAAUGUUGCCUAUAAAAUUAAACACUUUUGUUCGCAACCGUGUUGCCGAAGUUUUAGAAAUAUCCGGUACGUGUGGUUGGAGACAUGUAUCGACCCACGACAAUCCAGCCGAUUUGAUAACACGCGGGGUAGAACCGACCGCUAUGCAAUCACUGGACUUGUGGUGGUUCGGCCCAUGUUUCUUAAAAUGUGACAGUUCUACAUGGCCACCCAUUUCUAUAAAUACUCAAAAUCUUCCAGAACUCAAACCUAAUAAUAUCUUAGUUAAUUUAGCUCAAGAAAAUCAUGCUACUGGAGAUUCAGUUAAAGGAGUAAUCGAAUUCAACCGAUUUUCCAAUUUUAGUCGAUUACAUCGUUCUAUUUGUUAUGUUUUACGUUUUAUCAAUCUUUGUAAACGCUGUUCCUCAAUAAAUACAUCCUAUUUUACUGCUCAGGAAUUACAAGAUGCAUUGAACUUUAUUAUUAUUCAAUCACAAAAGGAGUCUUUUCCAGAAUAUAAUUUAUUACUAAAUAAUAAACAGUUACCUCAUAAGAAUAGAUUAUUAAAUUUAAAUGUAUUUCUAGAUAAUAACAAAAUUAUUCGUAUAGGAGGUCGUUUACACAAUUCAGAAUAUUCUUACACAAAGAAACACCCAAUUUUGAUACAGUCCACUCAUCAUUUUGCUAAACUUUUAUUUCAAUUUGAGCAUAUUAGAUUAAUGCAUGCAGGUCCUCAAUUAUUAUUAAGCACAAUACGAGAGACCUACUGGCCCCUUGGUGGUCGCAACUUAGCGAGAGCCUGUUGUCGUCAGUGUGUUCGGUGCCAGCGAGUAAAGCCUCGCACAAUUGCUCCUCAGAUGGGUAAUCUCCCACUCAGCAGACUCUCACCAGCUGACUAUCCCUUCCAAAACGUAGGCGUUGACUACGCAGGCCCUAUUGCCUCGGCUAGUCGUCAAGGUCGUGGUUGUAGAUUGGUGAAGGUAUAUAUAGUACUUUUCGUAUGCUUCACAACAAAGGCCAUUCAUUUAGAGUUGGUGGGUGACUUGACGAGCAACAAUUAUUUACAAGCUUUACGCAGGUUUAUGUCUCGGAGAGGAAAACCUCUCAAUAUUUAUUCCGAUAAUGGAACUGCUUUCGUAGGAGCAUGUAAUGAAAUUGCUGAGUUUUUGAAGCGCAAUUGUGACUCCAUUUCUGAUAGUGCAGCUCAGGAUGGUAUAACCUUCCAUUUUAUACCUGCUUACGCUCCGCAUUUUGGUGGUCUUUGGGAGGCGGGUGUCAAGUCGACCAAGUAUCAUUUACUCCGAGUGUUGGGCAAUUGUAAUUUAACUUACGAGGAGCUUAACUCCAUCCUGAUUCAAAUUGAGGGCAUUUUAAACUCUCGACCGCUCACACCACUUUCGUCGAAUCCUGAGGAUCUAUUACCUCUCACUCCUGGUCACUUUUUAAUCGGACGGCCUCUCACCUCUCUUCCUGUCAAGGAUUUACGGGAUCACUCCACCUCUCACUUGACGCGCCAUCAACGCCUUGAGCAAUUGCGGCAGCAUUUUUGGACGAGAUGGAGCAAGGAGUACGUCUCAGAGCUGCAGCAGCGCGUGAAGUGGCGGACCGGCAACCACAGCCUGAACCUGGACACCCUCGUGGUUAUAAAAGAGGAUAACCAGCCACCCAUGAAGUGGAAGCUGGGUCGCGUUGUUGCUCUUCAUCCUGGCACAGACGGUAUAAGCAGAGUAGCCGAUAUCCGGACUGCAACUGGCACUGUUAGACGGGCAUUCUCCAAGAUUUGUCCCUUAUUGGAAACUAGCUGUUGAAAGGCAAGCUUUCAACGGCCGGCGGCAUGUUGAAGCGCCUCUUAAAUUAGGAAUAGCAAUAAGACAUAGUUUGUAAGAUUUAAUUAUAACAUUUGUAACAGGCGCUUAAAGUCCCUGACCUUUGUUCCUUUGAAUGUCAUGUC